ACGAUGAAGCUCAAUGACAAAACCACCUACGAAGUUUCACUCCCCAUUGCCUUCCAGCUUCCCUCGGUCACCCAAAGGGAAAGUUGAGUAAUCUCGUCCCUCUAUAUCUUCCCCUAUAUCUAUCUCCCCGUCCUCCCCCACCAGUCAAUAAGUUGGAACAAAACCACCCAAAUAGGAGCAGUAGCAGCAGCAGCAGCAGCAGCAGAAGAAGAAAGUCACAUAGCAUAGAUCUAUGCAGGCCAUGGACACAGGUAGCCCCGGGCAAGACCUGGGCAUCAGAGAUGAGGUGAUCAAGAAAGCUUGCUCCCUCUCCGUCAGAGCCCACCAGGUUCCGGAGAAGUCCUUCCUCGUCGAGAAGAUUCGCGGCAGCCCCUCGCACGUCAUCUUCGCCUUCUCCGGGUCUUGGACUUCCGGCGAGGGGUUCGCCGGAGACGGCAAGGCCAGAGCCUUCGGAGAGACCGAGGUCAACCUCGGCAUGUUCCCUUCUCUCUGGAGCAUCGGCAACGACAUAACCGCUAAGGUCAACGAGGCGUUCAUGAGGCGAUUCCUAGAGAUUGUAGAGAAGUCAACGCUCCGCAGUGAGGUGGAGAAGGCGAUGAGUGGAAGCAAGCCGAUAAUAUUCGCUGGCCAUUCUUCAGGCGGUCCGAUUGCGAUAUAUGCGGCCAUUUGGGUACUCGAGGAGUACAAAAGAUCGCACAAGAGUCUGACUCACGGCCCUUUCUGUUUAACGUUCGGAUCCCCUCUUACCACCGACCGCAUCUUUUGCCAUGCCGUCCGACGAGAGGAGUGGUCCGAUCGCUUUGUCCACUUUGUCAUGAUACACGACAUUGUUCCCAGGAUUUUACUCGCCCCUCUCUCCUCCACAAAAGAGUUCCUAGAACAAAUCCUACCGUACUUCAUCUCAACUUCCACACAUCACAGAGCUGAUUCGAUUGACAAGGUGAAAUUGACUGCAUUAUUUGACAACGUGAUGAGGAAUGCAUCAUGCGUUGCAAGCCAUGCGGCAUGCAUUCUAAUGGGCAGCACAAAUAUGCUAUUAGAUACCAUGACUAAAUUCGUUGAGCUAAGUCCUUACCGACCAUGCGGCAAGUAUGUCUUUUGCACCGGGACCGGCAGGUUGGUUGUCAUGAAGAAUCCGGAUGCUGUCUUUCAAUUGUUGUUUUACUCUUUACAGCUCGUGUCCGAAUCAGAGGUUCAACAGACAGCGGUAGCAAGCUUACUGGCACAUCUGGCUUAUGAAGAUGGACUAGACAAAAGCUUGGACAUGCGUAAUGCAGUUCAUUUGGAGAACCUCCGAGAAUUACCUCUCAGCUCGGAUGAUACUACAGAUAUUGCGACCAAGACAAUCGACGCCACCUUAAAUCACCUUAAUCUAAGUACGAGGGCAAGGCUGUGCCUUCGUGCUGCCGGAGAAUCAGAGAAGCAGAAAGAUGAUAACCAGAUGAAGAUUGAACACAAGAUGGUCACCAUAAGGAACAUCCUCUCUGAUUUAGAAGGGUACCGGACCAUGUGUGAGACUCGUGGCAUGGGAUAUUUUGAUGCUUUCAAGGAGCAAAAGUAUGAGGACGACUUCAAGGCUAAUGUGAAGAGAUUGGAACUAGGAGGCAUAUGGGACGAGGUUAUCGAGAUGCUAAAACGAGAUGAGCUCCCAGAUAAAUUUGAGGCAGAGGAAACAUGGGUGGAACUAGGCACAAGGUUUCGACAACUUGUGGAGCCACUAGACAUAGCCAACUACUAUCGACACCUAAAGAAUGAAGACACGGGUCCUUACAUGACGAAAGGAAGGCCGAAACGCUACAAGUAUACUCAAAGAUGGCGAGAACAUGCUGAGCAGUUGCCGAGAGGUACGUGUGGUGCAUCCUGCUUCUGGGCAGACGUGGAGGAGCUCACCCUUGCGUCUGCUAAUCCAUCGAACGAGCAGCAGGCUUUGGAUUUGGCGAAGAAACUGAAAGAAUGGCACAGCAAAGGGGAGGUGAAGAACGACGCAUUCUUGAAGGAGACCGCACUUGUAAAAUGGUGGCGCACUCUCCCUGACAAUUACGAAGCAAAGUCCUCCAUCAAAGUUCUCAUAGAGAGCUAAAAGAGGAUUUGCCUGAAAAGCCAGACCCAGCAAGUGGCUGGCAUCGUUCAAAGGAUUGUUCUCCUUUGCAGCUGAUUUUCUCUGUACAACACGUGUUAUCAAUGAUACAAGUUAUGCACGAAAGAAAAAAUAUGAAGAAUUGAUAAAGUUGCUCCGAUGGAGAGCAAAUAUAACAGUCCUACAUUGCUCA